AUGGCCCAUGCAGUCCAGUCGGCCCUCUCCCUCCACCCAGAGUGGGUUGUGCUGGAACUGGAUGUUGCCAACGCCUUCAACUCCUUCAGCCGUUCCGCUAUGUUCAACGCCCUGCGAGACUCCCCAUUCUCCAGCCUCAUCCCUUUCUUCCGCCUCUUCUAUGCCUCCCCCUCUUCUCUCCAUUACCGCAGCGGCCCAUUAAUCGAGACACUGCAGUCAUCAUCGGGUGUUCGACAGGGUGACCCAUGCGGGCCUUUCUUGUUCGCCCUCACCCAGCACCUAGCCAUUCGCCCCAUCCAGCGUCAAUCUCCAGCUCUUUUCAUCUCCUCCUACGCAGACGACACGUACAUGGUCGGUCCUGCGCAUGACGUGUUUCCUGCCUACACAGCGCUUACAGCCCGUCUCAAUGACCUGGGCCUGAGGGUGCAACCAUCAAAAUGCUCCCUCUGGGCCCCUUUGGACCUCCCUUCGGACCUCACACCUCCAUCAGACAUCAUCAUUGCCCCUAACGGUCUCACGGUUGCAGGAGUGCCUAUCGGAUCGGACACCCACAUUAUCUCCACAGUUCGAGACAAACUGCACUCUUUCUCUUCAUCACUGCCUCUCCUACAUGACCUUCAUGAUCCACAGACUGCCUCCCGCCUCCUUACUCUCUGCAUUUCCGCCCGUCCCUCAUUCCUCCUCCGCACAGUUGCACCAUUUCCCGAGGUAGAAGAGCUUUACACUGACUGGGACAACACCUUGCUGGACCACUUUGUUCGCCUCAUCGGCUCUGACUACUGGCCUCCUGCGUUUGACCACACUGCCACAGCACACCGACAGCCAUUCCUUCCCAUUCGCCUCGGUGGGUUCGGCCUCCGUUCUUCAGCUGCAACUGCUUCUCUCAGUUACCUAUGCAGCUGGGCACAGACAGUUUCACUCCUCUCGUCAUGCUUCACCAUUCAUGGCUCCCCUAUUUUCCGUCCCUUCAUCGCUUCAGACACCAUGGACCGCCUUGACCCAUGCAUUCCCACAGCCAUGUCCAAACUUCAUCCUUCCAUUCGGCAGCACUUCCCUACCUGGCCCGCACUUCACGCUGGCUAUCCACAGAAGCUAUAUUCCUACCUUUCACAGCACUUGGAGGCUGUCAUGCUCGAGCGCGUGCGAUCCACAACCCUUCAGUCGUCUCUCACGUCCUCCGCUGCCCAUCCUCUAACGAGCCUACCAGGGUCCAUGACGCCAUCAAGCAUGAGGUUCAUCGCAUCACGUCCGAGCUUGGUUACGUCGUACAGCUGGAGGACUCCCACCUUCUUUCAGGACGUCGCCCAGACAUCAGCUGCCGUGACAUCAGCUCUGGGACUACGAGCGAAUUCAGGCAUUGAAUUCAACUCGACACAAGCUGACCCGUUGCCAGAGGAGGAAGUGCAGAAGCAGCAGGCUGCGGGCGUGGGCCAGAUCUGCACGGAGGCGUGGAGGCGGGGCGUGCUAAGGCGGGUGCGCAGCAGCAAGUAUAUCCGGCGGCUGCUGGCGGAGGGAGAGACGAGCAUGGCGAACAUCAGCGCGGGUAUUGACGCCGUUUGUGCGCGAAGCAAGGACGUGGAAGCCACGAUAUUGAAUUGCAGCACCAGUUCUGCAACGUCAGCAUGUGCCGAGUGGCCGGAGGAGUGCUGGCCCGUGCCGCACAUGCCCUUCUCCUCUCUCACUGAUUUCAUGCGGCAGCGGUACCUGGUGUUCGCCAUGUCAGAGGAGCAGCUCAGCAACGCGCGCUCGCACCUCGUGGAGGCGGCCCUGCUCGCCCGCAUGACCAACCGCACCCUCGUGCUGCCCAAGUCACUACAGUGCUCUUGCGCGGGUGGCCUGCUUGUCAGCCUUGCUUCCUCUGAUCCUCCCCUCCCCUCCGGUGUCACCCCGCGCCCCACACCCACCCCGUGUCACACGAGGCAUGGCCAGGCGAGUCGCAGCCAUGUAUCGUUGGGGCGGGACCUGCCAGUGUGCGAGUACUGGGACCUCGCUCACCUUGAAACAGCCUGCAACUGGGUGUCGUCGCAGUUCUUCCUGCUGCUCGCCCGCGCCGCUCUCGCCAACCCGUCCGUUGGCUUCAUGUGGGUUGAGUCGCCGUACCUGGAGCGCCAUGUCUUCCAUUACGACAUGGUGACGGAGUUCCUGGGGCAGCUCAUGCCGUUCACGGGGGGGCACGUGCCGCUGGAGGGCAAUACGAUGCAGCUCACCAUGCCCGCUGACCACCACAAAGUCGCUGCGCUGCUCCAUGAAUGGAGCGAGAAGGACAUAGUGGUGUGGUUCAAGACGACGUGGGAGCGAGUGGAGUUCAGCAGCACCAAUGCAGACGACACCGCCUUCCCUCUGCUGCCCUACAGCCGCCACCACCAUCACACGGCUGCCCGCCUGCUCGCCUUGCUGCCUCGCCCAUUGAUCGCCGUGCACUUUCGCUCCGAGUUCAUCGCCUUCCGUGUGCAAGACGACAUGCAGGCGCAAGGGCAGCGGGCGAAUGCAUCGAUGGUGCAGGAGAGACUGGAGUGGUGCGUGGGCGAGGCAGAGAAGCUCAUCACCCGAGUCAGGAACGUGCUCUCCCACCCCUCCGCUGCUGCCCACCCUGCAUCUGCCCUCGCUGCUCUUGCUGCUGAGGCUGCUGCCCCUGCGCCAGCGCGGUCGGACUCGUGGCAGAGCAUGGUGGCAUGGUAUCAGGGCGACAACGCUGUGCUGCUCUCGUCCCUUGCCGCGCUGCAGCGCCUGAGGAGGAACGUGGCGAGCACAGUGAUGGUGGACGAGCUCAUGCCGCAUGUCAACACCCUCGACCCUGGUGGGUUGCUUGCUGCCCUCGCGCAUGCUCAAGCAAGGGUGCAAUGA